UAUGCGCAACUCCUUCAUCGCUGCCUGAAAGAAGCUCCUGACCACACUUUGUCACUCAAAGAAGUGUAUGAGUGGGUGUUGCAACACAGUCAAAAGGCGAGGAACAAGGACCGUGGAUGGCAGAACAGCGUUCGACACAAUCUCUCCAUGAACGCCGCCUUCCAAAAAGUCCCCGGCGUCAAGAAAGGUAGCCUCUGGCGUCUC